AUGAAGAGGUACCUCCUCGCGCAACGACGCCUUCUUCGGGCGGCGCUCUCCUCGACUACAGAAGAGGGGCAUCGCCAUCUGACGAUACGGAAUAAUGUCAAUAUUCUUGCGCCUUCACGACAACGAGGUAUGAGGAACUCAUUUAAGACGGAGACGACAACAACGACGACGCCCAUGAUGAAGCAGGAGCAACACCAGCAGCAACACCAGCAGCAGCACGACAAUCACCUUCUUAUGAACACGAUGAGCGCCGAAGCGUCCGGGGAGAAGACGCUCAAAAACGAUGCGGAAGAAGAGGAGGAAGAGGAGGAGGAGGAAGAGGAGGAGGAGGAGGAGGAGGAGGAGGAGGAAAUAAUCAAAGAGGGGAUGAGAGAGGAAAGAGUCUUAACGCAAGAAGAAAAUCGGUUUAUAGACGUGGACGAAGACAAAGACGAUAUAAAAACAAAAGCGAGUAAUGAUGACCCGUAUCGACGUCUCACUCAUUUAUAUUAUACGCUCGAACGGUUGCAGUACCAGUUUCCUUUGCAUUACCGACACCCUAUUUCAAAACAUUGGGAACUGGUCGACAAAACGUUCAAAGUCACCGAGGAAUAUUCGAAGUUGAGUCCGCCUAAAAGAAAGCACGUGUGGUUGAAUACGGUUUCAAUUCUCUCCAGAUUGGCAUUUCACGAAAACGGAUACAGAAACCAUAUAAUUUUCGAUGAUCCACCAUGGGGAGCAGAGAAACAAAGUCAAUUCGAGACAAGGGUAAAAUUUAAAGUCUGCGCCGCGCACGCUGUGACGAACAUUCUGUUUUUUUUUGUGUGCCCGUCCCUUUUCUUUGGAACGGAAAUAUUGUUGCGCCCGGAAGGUGUGGACGGAUUCCCUCAAAUGCAAAAUUUGGCAAAGGUUUUGAACGAGACGUUUCCUUCAGUCUUUGAGAAUGGCCUCACCGAGUUUUUUGCCGGAGUAGCCGCAGUUCUUACCUAUGUGUUCCGUAAUCAAACGGAAAAAGUGUAUCUUACUUUUGCGAGUUUUUCUGCAUCCUUCCGCAACGCGGAUAUGAUGAAACGUAUUUUACAAAUCAAGUUGUAA